AAUAAUAUAAAACCCAGAGCAACAGAUGCAACACCUCAUCAAUAGACUACUAGGUUGCAGCUCAUGUCGACCCCUCCCCAACUUCUCCUGCGCACUGCAAUCAAACUGAAUAUCAGUUAAGUUGUCUUUGUUUAAGUUACAAGCCUAAGUUUCUUUAGCCUAUGGCCCUAUGUUUUUUUGAUGGGUUGAACUCAUUGGGCUAAUAGUUAUUUUGGAGAUUUCGGUUAUCUAAAAUUCUCGGACAUGAUGUCAGUAUUUAAGCAUUGAUGCAUUGUAAUUUUGAAAGUUAAAUUAGCCUAAAACGCAUCUUACUAACUCAGUAGUUUUAGAUCAGAUAUGGUAGGUAUAUCAAACAUUAGUGUAAUAGCAUAUCAAAGUAUCUCUGUUAGUCAGUGUAUCAAUUUGUGUCUUGUUUCUCUGCAGAAGACCGCUCGUGCGUAAAGUUGCUGGCACCCGCCUCUUCGCUCUCCAAACCUGAACCAUGUACCCGUUUAAUGCCAGUUUCAGUAACUUCAGUAUGAUGAUGGAGGUUGCGGACAUGCCCCGGGAUGAGAACCUGGCCAAAGUAGAGAUCGCGCUGCUCAGCGUCAUCUUCGUCAGUGCCGCUAUCCUGAACACGGGUCUACUACUGGUUCUGUGGAAGCGGCGCAAACAGGUAUCCAAGAUGCGUGUCUUGGUGUUCCACCUUUGCGUUGCAGACCUGGUUGUGGCGUUUUUCCAGGUGUGCCCGCAGCUCAUGUGGGACAUUACGGACAGAUUCAUCGGACCGGACCUGGUGUGCCGCUUGGUGAAGUAUCUGCAGGUCGUAGGCAUGUUUGCGUCCACCUACAUGAUCGUAGUGAUGACCAUUGACCGCUACCAGGCUAUCUGCAACCCUAUGGUCAAAUUUCAGAGGAGGCGCAAGCGCUGGAACAUCCCUGUUUGCAUCGCCUGGGCGAUAUCCCUCGUGGGCGGCCUGCCUCAGAUCUUCAUCUUCUCGCGGGUCCAGGUGGCGCCCGGGGUGUUCGACUGCUGGGCGGACUUUAUCCAGCCCUGGGGCUUGAAGACCUACAUCACCUGGACCACGAUGGUUAUCUUUGUCUUGCCCAUUUUGACCGUGGUGGUGUGCCAGGUGCGAAUCUGUCGAGCCAUCCAGAAUAACCUUUACUUAAAGACUCACCAGGAUGGGGGUAGCGGGGUUGCCUUUCAGCUGCCCUCCAGAACCAGCAGCGUGGCUGGUGUGUCCAAAGCACGAAUCAAAACUGUGAAGAUGACAGUGGUUAUCGUACUUGCCUACAUCAUCUGCUGGACUCCGUUCUUCACGGUCCAGCUUUGGUCUGUGUGGGACAAGGACGCGCCAACAGAAACCGCAACGUUCACCAUCCUGAUGCUGUUGGCAAGUCUGAACAGCUGCGCCAACCCCUGCAUCUACCUGCUCUUCAACGGUCAGCUGCCCAAUAAGCUGACGGUGCUGUGCCGAAGGCCUUCCAACGGGAAAGACUCCAUUAACUAUGAGGCCACUGUGGUCAGCUCGCUCUACAUGAGCUUCAAAAGCAUCUCCGACUCCAAAUAGAACACACGGUUUUCAUAUUCUCCAGGUAUGGGGAAGCAAGUAACUAGAGGCACGCUUUAGAACCUGAAAGGGUUCUUUGGCUGUCCCCAUAAGAGAACCCUUUGAAGAACCAUUUUUGGUUCCAUGUAGAACCCGUAACAAAAAAGGGUUUUCCUAUGGGGUACUGCCGAAGAACCCUUUUGGUGCUCUUUCUUCUAAGAGUGUAUGUGCGGAAAUACACGCUAAAUACUGGGGAAUAGUCCACCACUAAUGGAUGAAGGCAGCCUGUUUGUGAUGUGGGCUGGCGCUGGGUGUCACAUAGAUAUAUCACGGUUGUAACACCUCUGGCAGACAACAUAGGAAUGAGCAACAUUAGCUAGAUUUCCGACAGUUUUCAUGCGAAUAUGAUCAAAUCCACAUAAAAACAAUAUGCGAAUUUCCCACUCUGGCGGUGUUUCCAUCAAAUGUACUUGAUUGACAUGAUGCAGAUAAAAGGCUGUGUGCGCGUGAUCAUGUGGUGCACAUAAAAUAUAUUUUGCGGUUAAAUGUACCCAAGAAAAAAUACAAGUUAAAUGAGUUUCCAGCACAUUUUCAACUCUACUGAUGGUUUUCUAGCUAACAGCGCUAUCGUAUUUAUAUUAGUCAAACGGCAGCCAGGCCUUGAUUAACAUGUCACCAGAAGAAAACCCUGGAUAUUUAUUGGAAAGGAGCAUCAAGCUCAUCACCUUGCACUUUCACCACCCUGUGAACUUCAUCAUUUAUUUAAUCUGUAGCAUAAUAACCUGCAUGCUUUCCCAAAGAGUUGUAGUGGGGAGGACCACACAUGUCAUUACGUGACUCCAAGUUUACUUCGAUAUGAUAAUUAUUAUAUCAAUAUUUGCGCAGAGCAGUGUUUCCCAACUCCUGUUCUCGAGUACCCACAACAGCACAUACAUAUUUGUUGUAGCACCAGACAAACUCACCUGAUUCAACUAAUUGAGGGCUGGAUAAGAGCGUCUGCUAAAUGACUUAAAUGUAAUGUAAUGUUAAUGAUUAGUUAUCAAGUUGAAUCAGGUGUGCUUGUCCAGGGUUACAACAAAAUGUGUGCUUUUGGGGGUACUCGAGGUUGAUUAGUUGCCUACCUUUUUGUGAAUAAAUGUCUAAAUCUAAUCUAACACCACCAGUUAACACCUGCAAACUUUUUAAUUGUAUAGUGUAGACUGCAUUUACUACCUGUGAUUGUUUUCAAAAAUCACAUGAUCAUCUUCAGCUGUUUGGUGCUUUUAUGAUGCCAGAGAAGUGGUGAAAGAAGCAGUUACAAAAUAGGUGUGUGUUCACAGACAUUGUCCAAUGUUGAUGUAACCUAACAAAAUACAAGCCAACUGUUUGAUGUCUUCUGUGCACAUAUGAAUGAACCCUAUGAUGUAACUGCAAUGAUGAGAUAGAUGUUCUUCUUCUUUGUUUUAUUUUCUCGCAGUCAUACUGUGUUCAGCCGUGUUUGAUCUUGCCUAGCCAUCUUGUCUCAAGAGGACCACAAUGGAAAUAAGUCCCAGACUUUAUUGUGUGCUAUCCUCCAUGCUUUAACAAUGGAAAUAAGUCCCAGACUUUAUUGUGUGCUAUCCUCCAUGCUUUAACAAUGGAAAUAAGUCCCAGACUUUAUUGUGUGUUAUCCUCCAUGCUUUAUCAAUGGAAAUAAGUCCCAGACUUUAUUGUGUGUUAUCCUCCAUGCUUUAACAAUGGAAAUAAGUCCCAGACUUUAUUGUGUGUUAUCCUCCAUGCUUUAACAAUGGAAAUAAGUCCCAGACUUUAUUGUGUGCUAUCCUCCAUGCUUUAACAAUGGAAAUAAGUCCCAGACUUUAUUGUGUGUUAUCCUCCAUGCUUUAACAAUGGAAAUAAGUCCCAGACUUUAUUGUGUGCUAUCCUCCAUGCUUUAACAAUGGAAAUAAGUCCCAGACUUUGUGUGUUAUCCUCCAUGCUUUAACAAUGGAAAUAAGUCCCAGACUUUAUUGUGUGUUAUCCUCCAUGCUUUAACAAUGGAAAUAAGUCCCAGACUUUAUUGUGUGUUAUCCUCCAUGCUUUAUCAAUGGAAAUAAGUCCCAGACUUUAUUGUGUGUUAUCCUCCAUGCUUUAUCAAUGGAAAUAAGUCCCAGACUUUAUUGUGUGUUAUCCUCCAUGCUUUAACAAUGGAAAUAAGUCCCAGACUUUAUUGUGUGUUAUCCUCCAUGCUUUAUCAAUGGAAAUAAGUCCCAGACUUUAUUGUGUGCUAUCCUCCAUGCUUUAUCAAUGGAAAUAAGUCCCAGACUUUAUUGUGUGUUAUCCUCCAUGCUUUCACUCAUGUGCAUGUAUGGCUUUUUCUAGUUUUAUGUGUGCUUGUUUUUUGAAAUUGUCAAAUUAAUAAACUAAACUCCAGAAAGACUAGAAAGAUUUUUGGAAAACUUUGUUUAAUACCCCGAAAAUGAUGUAUGUAAACCUUCUAUGUUUAGGUCUGUUGUAAACUGACAAAGACUAAUGAUUUUGUAGUGCAAUUGAUUGUAAAAUAAACAACCACA